AUGGCGUCUUCCGCUAUCCACCAGGCCAUCUCUGAGGCCGCUGCCAAGUAUCGCUUUCCAGAGGGGCGCGUGUUUGAGUAUGGCACCGCGGGGUUUCGCAUGAAAGCUGAUCUGCUCAAUACAGUCGUCUUUGCAGUAGGUCUUCUCGCCGGACUGCGAUCCCGAAAGCUCAAUGGGCAAUGGAUCGGUGUCAUGGUCACGGCGAGCCACAAUCCAGCUGAGGACAAUGGCGUGAAGUUGGUUGAUCCCAUGGGCGAAAUGCUCGAAGCUGAAUGGGAGGCAUAUGCGACCAAACUGGCAAACGCCCCUCUUGACAGGGUGGCUGAUGUCUACAAUGACUUGAUCAAGGAGAUUGACGUGAAAGUGGACAACCCCGCGCGCGUAGUCUUUGCCCGUGAUACUCGCGCGUCUGGCUCCCGUCUAGUUGGAAUUCUCAACGCAGCGUUGACUGCUACCGAAGUCGAAUUCCUGGAUUUCAAAUUCAUGACCACCCCUCAGCUUCACUACGUCGUUCGUUGCAAAAAUACCCUGGGGACGCCGUAUGAAUAUGGCGAGCCUACCGAGCAAGGCUACUAUGAGAAACUCGCCGAAGCCUUUAAAAAGGUCCAGAAGAGUGUCAAGGUUCAGGGCCACCUGACUGUCGACUGCGCCAAUGGAGUUGGUGGACCAAAGCUUCGUGAACUCAUCAAAUAUCUUCCGUCACCAGAUCAAGGUGGUGUUGACAUCAAGGUUGUCAAUGACAAUGUCAUCGACCCAGACAGCCUGAACUUUGAAUGCGGCGCGGAUUUCGUCAAGACCAAGCAGCGAGCUCCUCCGUCUUCCAAAGCCUCACAGAUGGAUCGCUGUGCAUCUUUAGAUGGCGACGCCGAUCGAUUAGUAUACUAUUUCCUAGAUGAGAAUAAUGUGUUCCGACUUCUCGACGGAGACCGUAUCGCAACGCUUGCAGCCUCCUUCAUUGGCGAUCUAGCUCGCAAUGCUGGAAUUGCGCAAAAGCUGAAGAUCGGUGUUGUUCAGACCGCCUAUGCCAACGGCGCUAGCACUGAUUACAUCGAAAAGGUUCUUAAACUCCCAACUGUGUGCACAAAAACCGGCGUCAAGCAUCUUCACCAUGCUGCGUUGCGGUACGAUGUUGGCGUCUACUUCGAAGCUAAUGGCCAUGGAACCGUGACCUUUUCGGAGAAUGCGCUGAAGACUAUUAAGAGCGCCGAACCUCAAUCUCCCGCCCAACAACACGCACUCGAAUCUCUCGUCGGACUGACAGACCUUAUCAACCAAGCAGUUGGAGAUGCUCUUUCGGACAUGCUCCUCGUCGAGGCGAUCCUGGCUCACAAGGGAUGGACUACCAAGGAGUGGCUCGGUACUUAUACCGAUUUGCCUUCUCGUCUUGUGCGUGUCGAAGUUGCCGAUCGUUCGAUCUUCAAAGCCGUUGAUGCCGAGCGCAAACUCGAAUCGCCCGCAGGACUUCAAGAUAAGAUCGAUGCCUUACAGUCUCGUUACAACAAGGGGCGUAGCUUUGCCCGCGCAAGUGGCACAGAGGACGCUGUGCGAGUGUACGCGGAAGCUGCCAGCAGAUCCGAGGCAGACGACUUAGCUACACGAGUCGCCAACGCUGUUAAGGAAGCCUAA